ACAGACACCCAAAUCUGGUCAACUAUUUGGACAGUUAUUUGGUGGACAAUGACCUGUGGGUGAUAAUGGAGAUCCUGGAGGGCGGGGCCCUCACAGACGUGGUCACCGAAACGGUGAUGAGGGAGAGUCAGAUGGCGGCCAUCUGUAAGGAGACACUCAAAGCCGUGGCAUUUCUUCAUUCAAAAGGUAUUAUACACCGAGACAUCAAAUCGGAUAAUGUGUUGCUCGGAAUGGACGGAUCAGUUAAGGUGACAGACUUUGGAUUCUGCGCCCAAAUAUCGCCCGACGAAAAGCGCCAGACAAUGGUCGGCACACCCUAUUGGAUGGCACCGGAGGUCGUGUCCAGAAAACAAUACGGCAAUAAAGUUGAU